AUGGAGGCGCCUCGCAGGCUCGGCUUGAUGCUGCUGCUGCCGUGGGUGGUUUGUGGCUGCUUCUCCCUCCUCUUGCUGCUUCCCCCCGUGGAGUCCAUGUGCCCGGAGCCAUGCGACUGCCAGCUGCAGCAGCACCUCCUGUGCACCAACCGGGGGCUGCGGGCGGUGCCCAAAACCGCCGACCCCCAGGGCAUCCUGACCUACAGCCUGGGGGGCAACUUCAUCGCCAACAUCUCUGCCUUCGACUUCCACCGCCUGGCGGGUCUGCAGCGCCUGGACCUGCAGUACAACCGCAUCCGCUGGCUGCACCCCAAGGCCUUCGAGCGCCUGGCGCUGCUGGAGGAGCUCUACCUGGGCAACAACCAGCUGGUGGCACUGGCGCCGGGCACCCUCCACCCGCUGGCCAAGCUGCGCAUCCUCUACGUGAAUGCUAAUGAGAUUGGCCGCCUGAGCACUGCCUCCUUCACCGGCCUGGGCAGCCUGGUCAAGCUGCGGCUGGACGGCAAUGCGCUGGCCUCGCUGGGCGAAGCCACCUUCUCAGGACUCCCCAACCUACUCUACUUGCACCUGGAGUCCAACCACAUCCGCUGGCUGAGCCGCGGCGCCUUUGCUGGCCUGGCCAAACUGCGCUUCCUUGACCUGUCUGGGAACCAGCAGAGUUCGCUGCGUCACCCAGAGAUCUUUGGGCCACUGCGCUCACUCAGCACACUGCUCCUCGCUGGCAACAGCCUGCAGCAACUGGGUGGGGGCCUCUUUCAGCACCUGCCCGGCCUGGCCAAGCUCUCACUCAGCAGCAACCGGCUAACACAGCUGGCGCCGGAUGCCUUCGCUGGGCUGGGGGCACUGAAGGAGCUGCGACUGGAUGGGAACCUGCUGAGCCACCUGCCCGCCACCUUGUUGGAGCCACUGCGCAGCCUGGAAGCGCUGGACCUGAGCCGCAACGUGCUGGCUGCCUUGCACCCUGCCGCUUUCGGCCCCCUGCCCAAGCUACGGGAGCUCAGCCUGCGCGACAAUGCACUGGCCGUGCUGCCGGGGGAGCUCUUCACCUCUAGCCUGGCUCUUCAGCGCUUGGAGCUGGACGGCAAUGCCUGGAGCUGUGACUGCCGCCUGCGGGGCCUGAAGCGCUGGCUGGGCACACGGCACUCACAGGGACGGCUGCUCACUGUCUUUGUGCAGUGUCGCCUGCCACCUGCCCUGUCCGGCAAGUACCUCGACUACCUUCAGGACGCACAGCUGCUGCCGCCUGACGGUGCCGACUGCCACAGUGGGACCUCCCCAUCUCCCUCCCUGCCACCUGCAACAGGGCAGUGGCCCAGGGAGCAACAGUGGCAGCUGAUCCUGGCCCCUGAGGGGUUUGGGGGCAACAGCAGCCGCAGCCCGGCACAAGGGGGACCCGGAUCCCUGCCCUCUGCCUCCACUAUGCACCUGCUGGAUGCUCAGGAGGGGCUUGCUCCAGCCCGAGGCAGCGGGAGAGCCGAGCCCACCCCUACGGCCUCCCUACCCGACCUGCUGGGCAGCUCCAGGCCACCCCCGCCUCUGGCUGGCCCUGCGUGGCCUCGGCGGGCUAGGAAGCACCACCUAGCCCCCUCUGCGGCUGGGGCCCCGCUGGUAUCCGACGCCUGCGACUUCAACAAGCUCUUCCUGUGCAACCUGUCAGUAGAGGCGGUGGGCACUAGCUCGGUGACCGUGCGCUGGUGGGUGCGGCCUCACCGCAGUCCCCGCCUGCUGGGGCCCGUGCGCUUCAGACUCCUCUUCGACCGCUUUGGGGCCUCUGUCAAGUUCCAGCGCUUUGUCUACCUGGCGGAGCGGAGUGAGCCAGCUGCCACCCUGCGGGAGCUGCGCCCUGACACCCCUUACCUGGUCUGUGUGGAGGGGGUGCUGGGUGGCCGCGUCUGCCCGGUGGCGCCGCGGGACCACUGUGUGGGGCUGGUCACCCUGCCCAACGGGGGCGCGGCUGGCGGCCCAGACCAGCAGCUCCUCACACUGGUGUUGCUGGCGGUGAAUGCGCUGCUGCUCUUCGUGGCCCUGGCGGCCUGGGUAUCCCGCCUGGUGCGGAGGAAAAUGCAGGGGCGACGGCAGGCAGCGCCGGUGCACGUGCGACAGAUGUACUCAACCCGCCGGCCGCUCCGCUCCAUGGGCACUGGCGUCUCCGCCGAUUUUUCUGGCUUCCAGUCCCACCGCCCGCCCCGCAGCGCCGUCGCUUGUGCCCUCAGCGAGACUGACCUCAUUGAGUUCCCCUGCGAGCGCUUCGCCGACAGCAGCGGUGCCCGGCGCGGGGAGGACCACCUGCUGCAGCAGCGAUUCGCUGACUAG